CCCGUCAGUCCUUCUCUGGAACUGGAUCACCGAACAGCUUCUCCAUGUAAAUCCGUCAUUUGACUUCAAUAAGUGUCAUUUUAAAUCAAUUGGAUACAUUUUGGUGAAUCAACAAUAAAUGGUCUAGGGGACGUUGAAAUUAAAUUCAAAUUCAGGAUUCAGGAUUAUGUCUUAUUUCAUCCAUGAUAUUCUGGGUUCUGAAGUAGCCAAUGAGGCCAAUAUGGGAAUUGCAGACUCUUUUACAGAGGGGACAGGGUGAGUGUGCAGUUUGUGAGUGCAGGCGAAGUUGCCCUGUGAGAAGUUGACUGCAGUGUAUAAUCAAGAGGAGAACUACUUCUAAUUCAACUGAACAAAAUGACUCCAAGGCACUGUGUAUUUGCUCAACAAAGAAGAUGGAUACUUUCUCUCUUCCUACUAAGUGCCCUAAUCACCUCUCUAACUCUUCUGAUGAUUCUGGUUGGCAUCCACGAAACUGAACAUGUUUCAAAGCGUGAAGUCAGAAGUGAGCCUACACCAACGCCAUCUUCCAUAGAUGUCCGCUUGGUGAAUGGGAGAAAUCCGUGCCAAGGGCUUUUGGAAGUCCUUUACAAUGGUACCUGGGGAACAGUGUGUGAUGAUGACUGGGACAUCGUUGAUGCCAGAGUGGUGUGCCACCAACUCGGAUGUGGCCGUGCUCUCUCCAUGGGAGGAAAUCUGCCCUUUGGCAGGGGAACGGGGAUUAUUCUGCUGGACAAUGUGGACUGCAAAGGGACGGAGUCAUCACUGAUCGACUGCGGUAACCUGGGGUGGACUAUCCACAACUGCAACCAUUACGAAGAUGUGGCCGUCAUGUGCAAUGAUUUUAGUGCAGCUCCUAAAAACAGGAUAAAUGAAACCAAACUAUCUAUGUGGGAAUACCAAGGAGAGGGCAACAUUCGAUUAGUCAAUGGCCACAACUCAUGUCAAGGCAGGGUGGAGAUUAAGCACAGAGGACAUUGGGGAACAAUUUGUGAUGAUGACUGGAGCAUGGACGAUGCCAAGGUUGUGUGCCGGCAGAUCGGCUGUGGUACAGCGAUCUCCUACACCACCAAUUCCUACUUUGGAUAUGGAAAAGGGAUGAUUCUAAUGGACAACGUCAACUGUGAAGGGAGUGAGUUGUCACUGUUGAGUUGUCACAGUCUGGGCUGGGGUAUCCACAACUGUGGGCAUCACGAAGAUGCAGGGGUCAUCUGUGCAGAUUCAUGGACUCCCACGGCAGCUCCAGAUGUUACAACCACUGGAAUUUCUACAUCACUCAUGGGCACGGAUUCUACUCCAACUACCAAUCACAAUGAUAUGAAACAAUCUUUUGAACAGAUUACAACAACAAAGCGAACAACAUCUCAAAGGGCCAGAUCCAUUCGUCUGAUGAAUGGUAACAACAGCUGUCAAGGCAGAGUGGAGAUAUUUUACGGCAAUAAUUGGGGAACCGUGUGUGACGAUGACUGGAAUAUCAUAAACGUGGCAGUGGUUUGCAGGCAGCUGGGAUGCGGUGGUGCCAUCACGGCGAAAGAACUAAGUUACUUUGGAUAUGGCAGUGGACCUAUAUUGUUGGAUAAUGUGAACUGCAAAGGCACAGAAUCCUCCCUGUCUGAAUGCUUUAACCUUGGAUGGGGAAAACACAACUGUAGACACCAUGAGGAUGCAGGCGCUAUUUGUGUAGAAUAUAAAGCUCAUGAGGCAAGUGGUUCUGGUAAACAAGCACCAAUAAUGACCACGAUGAGAACAACAGAAGCAUUAAGGGUGCCUGAAGAGUCGCAGAUCCGACUUGUGGAUGGACGGAACCGCUGUGAAGGCCGAGUGGAGAUCUUCCUGACAUCGCAGUGGGGGACAGUGUGCGAUGACGCCUGGGACAUAAGGGCUGCUAGAGUGGUCUGUAGGCAGCUAGGCUGUGGCAACCCUCUGGCCGCUAAGGUGGAGGCGUAUUUCGGGCAAGGCACUGGCAUCAUUCACCUCGACAAUUUAAAAUGCAGUGGGAACGAGAGUUUGCUCACCCAGUGCUCACACAUCGGCUGGGAUGUCCACAACUGCGACCACAGGGAAGAUGCGAGUGUGAUGUGCUCCCUAUGAACAAUCUCACAACAAGUGCCCGCCCCUAGUUGUUGGAAAGGGGGCACGCUGAAUAUAUGUAAAUCUAUAAAUGUGUAAAUAGCUCAGAACUACCAAACCAAAAUUCCCAUAUAAUGUGCACUUUAUAUAUUUUAAUUACUAUCUCCUGUCACAGAUUUAAUUCCCAAAUUAUGAAAAGCAACCAUUUGCCUCCCCAACAAGGCUUGUGCUAUUGAGGGAAGCCCAUAUGGAAAAAGCAACUGAGAGCCCAUAUGAGCUUUCAGAAGGGGAUGGGUCAAAGGCAUAGCCCUUGACACACCUUUUUAAUUUGAGAAUGAAGUUAGCUCUAACUCUGGGAGAAAAAAAUGGUAGAGUAAUUCAGGAAAUCAGGAACUCUCAUCCACAUAUAGCUCAAUUAAUUCAACAUUUCAAAACUGGGAUGGAUUGCUUUGUUGACAAGGCCAAGAUUAUUAUAGAUUAGAUGGGGGUACUUAUGCUGCCUGAGUUACUCCAGCAUAUUGUGUACCUCUGGGGUACGACACAGACUGACUACAGUCUAAGUGAGUGCUUCCUGCUGCUGUAUUCCUGAGCUAAUGAACAGCUUGUUUUGCAGCAAGCUUCAGGCAUUGUUGAAAAUCAUAAACAGCAAAUGUUGGAAAUCUGAACUAAAAAAAAGAAAGUGCUAGAAACUCUCUGACUCAGGCAGCAGCUACAGAGAGAAGCAGUUAGUGUUUCAGAGGGAAGAGAAGAUAAGAAUCUUCGAACAAAAGCAUUAACCAUGCUUCUUUUCCUUCAGAUGCUACCUGACUUGGUGAGUGUUUUGAUUUUUGCUAUUGGUUGAGACCUUUCCCUCCAAUGCUGCAUCGUAAAACCAAUUGCAUGCAUCAACAGCAAGAUGACAUGAAACGUACCUUAACCACCAGAGUUGGGAGAAUUAAUAGCAUUGGAGGAGGGAGUGUCAGUUAAAAAUGGCUAGUAUUGCACUCAAACAGUUUAAUAUUACUUUUAGCUCAUUCAUCUGAAAGAUGCACCAAUGGCUAUGGAUGGAGAUAAUCACCAAACAGAUCUCAGAUGCUUUAAUGAUCUGUAACUAAGGUAAAAGUGUGAAAGAGUUCCCAUCAUUGUCCUGUUGGAUGUAAGGGAGUGAAGAUCAGGUUGUGUACCUGCUAUACUCACUGCUCCAGCCCAUUGAAGAGGCGUAAGUAACUAGGUCCAUUGAAUGUAACUGCCCGACCUCAGCUGGUGCCUGUAGGUUAUUACCCCAAAAUGAGUCAGCACCUCUGGCUCUGGUCUGUUCCACAAGGGGUGAUAGAAAGAGCUUGACUUCUGAUGCAAUCUGUUACUUUUGAUUCUGUUUUCUCAAAUGCUGGGAAACUUCCAUUCAGCUCUGCAACUUCCAGUAGACCCUGCAACAAUCAUUAAACUGCAAUUUCAGUAAACACUGCAACAACUGGUUAUCUAAAGUUGGUUAUCAAAAAAUGCAGCAGGCUCUUGAUUAGCUGUGCAAGUGGACUUGGAAAUGGGUAAUGCACUGUUCCAAAAGUGCAAGCCAAGAGAGAGAGAGAGGAAGUGGAGGACUAUUGUUAAUCAAGGAAAGUAUCCAAGUGGUAUUGAGUCAUGAUGUCGAGGCAGUGGAUAAUGAUGUGGAAUCAGUUUCAGUUGAAAUUAUGAAUGGCAGGGGGAAGAAGAUAUGGAUGGGUUUAGUGAAUGGCCCCAAAAUGUGACCUUUUGAUUGGGCGGAGCAUAAAAAUGAAAAUAUCUUGGGCACAUUUGAAUAAAACUGCAAUCGGCAUGGGAGAUUUUAAUCUCUAUUGAUUGGGCCAAACUGCCAAGGAUAUCAGAGAAGAAGAAUAUGUGGAGCGUGUUAUGGAUUACUUCUUAGAACUGUAUGUUAUGGAUCCUAUCCUAGAACAGGAUAUAUUAGAUUUGGUCAUGAUUAGUGAGGAAGGAUUAAUAAGAGAUCUUGUGGUUUAAGAUCCCCUUGCAGGUAGUGAUCACAAGGUGAUAGUGUUCCAUAUGCAGUUUGACCGUGACGUCCACAGAGCCAAAACCAUUGUCUUCGGGUCGGGUACUUUUCGGCGCCGCUGUUUCGGCACCUCCGUUUAUAAUAUCUGUACUCAUCAGAACCUUAACCCUAACCCUAACUUCUGUAAAUACCUCCAGAUAAAUAAAAGUGUUCCAUGCGUCACAAUACUCCGGGAUGGUGAAUUCCAGAGAUUCAUCACCCUCUGCAAGAAGUUCUUAUGCCAAGGAUAUUGCAAGUGAGAUCAGCUUUAUGUUAACAAGUUUGGAAAUUGGUUUCCACUGGCCCACCGCUGUGGCACCCUAACCCUAACCCUAACCCUAACCCUAACCCUAACCCUAACCCUAACUCUAACACCCCAAAACGGAGGCGCCAAUAAGGGCUCAAUAAGGGCAGUUAAAAUGGCGUGAGGGUGGUGAUGAACUGAGAAAUAAGCUAAGAAACAGGCCAGUAGACGAAUAAUGACAUAUAUUCAGUCCAUAACAAUCAACAGGAAUUGAUUCUAAUUAAAAAGGAUUCUAUGAGAAAGAGGCACAAUCUGUGGUUAGAAAGGAAGUCAAGGAAAAUAUUACAUUGAAAAGUAGGGCAUGUAAAUUAGCAGUGGCGAGUGGAAGGCCAGAGAGAAGUCCUGGGAAUUUUUCAGGAUCCAGCAAUUAAACCCAAAAAUUAAAAAGAUGAUACGAAAGAGAAAAACUGAUUUUGAGAGAAAACUUUCAGAUAAUAUCAAACCAAACAAUAAGAGUUUCUAUGAAUAUAUAAAUCAGAAGAAGGAAGCUGAGAGAGGUGUGGGACCUCGAGAGAAUGAGGCUGGUGAAUUAUAAUAGAAAACAAAUAUAUGUUACAUCUCUUUCUUGCAUCAGUCUGCACUGUGGAGGAUACUGCAAAUAUCCCUCACAUAACAGAUGGGCUUCUUUCAAAUAACAGGGAGCUACUUGUAAAUUUCCAAAUGACAAGAGAUAAAGUAUUAGAGAAAUGCAGUGGGCUCGAGGCAGAUAAAUCUGGUAUCCAAUGCACCUAAGAAGUUUAAAUGGAGCUGCAGAGCUGGUGAAUAUCUGAAGAAGGGUCUCGACCCGAAACAUCACCCAUUCCUUCUCUCCAGAGAUGCUGCCUGUCCCGCUGAGUUACUCCAACAUUUUGUGUCUACCUUUGAGAUGGUGGAUACAAUGUUUGAAAUUUUUCAAAAUUCAUUAAAUUCUAGAGAUUGGAAAACAGUGAAUGUAACUUCCAUGUUCAAAAUGAGAGGAAAGCAGAAGCAGGGAACUACAGCGUUAGUUUGACAUCUGUUUUUGGCCAUUUACUGUAAGGUUAUAAAGUUUGCUGAUGAUACGAAAAUAGAUGGCAAGGCAUGUUGUGAUGGAACAUAGAUAGAUUGAGUGACAGGUGAAAACCUGGUAAAUGGAGUUUAAUGUGGGUGAGCGUGAGGCCAUCUAAGUGGAAUCAAAAGGUGGAUUAUUAUCUCAUUGGUGAGAGACAGCCCAUGAAUGAAGUUCAGAGGGACUUAGAUGUCCUGGUGCAUGAAUCACAGAAAGUUAGCAGACAGGUGCAAGUAGUUAAUAAGGCAAACGCAUUGCAAAGGAGUAGUGUUUAAGAAUAGGGAGGUUAUGGCACAGUUAUACAGGAUGAUGGUGAGGCUGCUCCUGGAAUACUGUAGGUCUUGGGGAACUGGCACAGAAACUAAGUUGGGAUCAGCAUGGACCAGGCCAUGAUCAUAUUGGAUGGCAAGGCAGGCUUGAUGGGGCUUGUGGCCUACUCCUGCUCCUAUCUCCUUGUGUUCUUAUAAACGGAUCAAUGAAUCACAAAAGGACAUUGCUUUCCUUUUCUCCAAAUGCCCUCAUUUCACAACUUUUCAAUCCCUUUGGGAUGACGAUAGGAGAGGGAAGAUGUGUCUGGUGAUAGGAUCUCUCAUUAAAGAUGGCAAAAAUUACAAGGGAUAAUCUGGCUUGAAGAGAUGCUCAAUGUACCUGGAUUGCAGGCCAUCUUUGGAGAUUGAUAGAUUUUGUAGUUUAGUUUAGUUUAGAGAUACAAUGUGUAAAUAGGCCCUUCAGCACCACCAUGUCCGCACCGACCAAUGAUCACCCAUACACACUAG